AUGUCCUUUGCUCGCUUUGGCCUACUGGCCGCCUUGCUGGCCUUUGUCCAGAUGGCGCACGCCUUCAGCGUGCAGGUCACCCAGACCAGCUGUCAGCGUAUCCUCUUCACCUUGUCGCUCACCCCCGCCGAAGUGGUGAAUGCAGCUGGUCUCAACGUCUACUCCGGCACCAGCGCCAUCGAUGACAACGAGAUCUCUUCCAUCACCUUCAACGGCGUCUACACUGCCACCAUCACUUCCUACCAGUGGUACGCGCAGUUCUACAGCCCGCUCACCACCUCGGGUGCUCAGGCCAUGACCUUCCGCCUUCUGGAUGCCAACAGCGAGCUCAUCACCGCCUACGCUGGCAUCACACAGACACUCAACUUCCAGUGUGGUACCACCAUCACCAGCACCACCAGCGCUGCCGCCACCACGCCCACGUCCAACAACUCGGGUUCCGGCUCUAACUCUGGUUCCAACUCGGGCUCCAACUCUAACUCGGGUUCCAACUCGAAUGGUAGCAGCAACAGCGAUGCGAGUAGCUCCAGCUCCGGUUCGUCGUCCUCUGCCGGCCCCAUCGCUGGCGGUGUCGUCGGUGGUAUUAUUGCUAUCGCUGCCCUCGGUCUCCUCUUCUUCUGCCUCAAGAGGAGGAAGAACAGGCAGCAGCAGCAGCGCGGUGCGCAGCCGAGCCGUCUCGGCAACAACGAGGCCGACGAAGCUGCCUUCCGUGCUCCCAACAACGACUCUUCUGCAUCCCUCGCCACGGCCCCCGAGACGGCUAACACGCCCAUGAUGCGCGACAUCGGUACCAAGAACAUCUUCGCCGACCCCACCGCCUCGGGCGUAUCUGGUGCUCCCUCGGGCUCCUCGACCGCCUACACUACCAACAACUCGGCUCCUUCCAAGUCUUCGUCGGGCAUGGGCGCUGGUGCUGGCGCGGCCGCUGCUGCCGGUGGCAUCGGUGCUGCUGCCAUCGCCGCUCGUAAACAUUCGCGCGAACAGACGCGCGCUCGCUCGCCUAGCUCAGCUUCCGAUCGCAGCCCUUCGUCCGAGUCGUUUAAGGACGCAGAUUCGCAUCCUCCCCCCGUCCCCGCCCUUCCCACGAAGGCUGCCUCUGGUUACGCCCCUCCGUCCUCAACGUCAACGUCCAAAUCCCCCGCGUCCGGUAGCAAGUCUUUGGCCGCAUCGGGCGUCGCUGCUGCUGCCGCUGCCAAGGCAUCGUCCGACAACAAGAACAAGUCCAACAAGUGGGGAUUCAAGCGUGGAUCAAAAGACGCCGGUACCACCGCAGACAAGCUUCCUUACCCGCAGGCGGUGGCCGAGCCUGUUCCCGCGCCUGCUCCGGUUUCGCCGACCACUACAACACCAUCACCGCCGUCUAGUGCUUCCCCCGAAGUUCCCGCUUCGCCAUCACGUUCGUUCAAGGUGAUGCAGAAGCAGCCUGCGCCUGCCUUCGCUUCCCAAGCUGGCCCUAGCAGCGUGUCGAUCGCACCGAGCGAGAGCAGCUUGAACCGCCCUCCUACCUUCGCGAAUCGAUCCACACACGGUACUCCCGCUGGCUCGAUUCGUGGCACCAACUACUCGCGCGCACCCUCGGUCGCUUCCAUGACGGCCGGAUUUGCAGAUGCACCUCCUCUGCCCUCGGGCGCUGCCUCGGUGUCGUCGAUGCCCACCAGUGAGUUUGGCGGUAACAUGGCCGGUGUGGGAGCCGGUCGCUCGUUCGCCGCUUCGUCGGGCAACUCGACCAAGUGGCACCAGCAGAGCUACAACAUCAUGCCCAACUUUACACACCGUGCGUUGGCGCGCUCGACACAACUCGACGAGGACCUCAUCUUUGGUCACCUCGGCAUGGGCCUCACCCCACCUCCCGGCCCCGCGGGCAACGGCAGCGAGUCCGGCAGCUCCAAGAGCCGCUCCGAUCCUUUUGGCGAUCGUUGA